UCUCGGGAGGAGCCGCAUCCUGCUCCGGCACGCGGUCAGCCAGGAACUGGAAGAAGGCUUGCGCGGCCGAGGGAGCAGCUGCAGCCGCUGCCGCCGCGAUGGGGGCCUGUGUGUCGCGGCAGGACUUCGAGUGGGUCUAUACGGAUCAGCCUCACGCAGACCGUCGUCGGGAGAUCCUAGCCAAAUAUCCAGAAAUAAAAUCUUUGAUGAAACCAAAUUACAACUUGAUAUGGAUCGUAAUUUUGAUGGUCCUUGCACAGUUGGUUGCAUUUUACUUAGUAAAAGACUUGGACUGGAAAUGGGUUAUAUUCUGGGCUUAUGCCUUUGGAAGCUGCCUUAGUCAUUCAAUGACUUUAGCUAUUCAUGAGAUCUCUCACAACCUUGCAUUUGGAAAUUACAAGGCUCUUUGGAACCGGUGGUUUGGAAUAUUUGCAAAUCUUCCUUUUGGCAUUCCAUACUCUGUUUCCUUCAAGAGGUACCACAUGGAUCAUCAUCGAUACCUAGGAGCAGAUGGCAUCGAUGUGGAUAUUCCUACUGAUUUUGAAGGCUGGUUUUUCUGCACUCGUUUUAGGAAAUUUAUAUGGGUUAUUCUUCAGCCUCUUAUUUAUGCUUUUCGACCGAUGUGCAUCAACCCCAAACCGAUUUCUUAUUUGGAAGUUAUCAAUAUGUUGGUUCAAUUAAGUUUUGACAUUUUUAUUUACUAUUUUUUUGGAAUCAAAUCUCUUAUCUACGUGUUUACUGGUUCAGUAUUUGGUCUAGGUUUGCACCCAAUUGCUGGACAUUUCAUAGCUGAACAUUACAUGUUUCUAAAAGGGCAUGAGACUUUUUCCUAUUAUGGACCUCUUAAUUUCUUUACCUUCAAUGUAGGUUAUCAUAAUGAACAUCAUGACUUUCCCAACAUUCCUGGAAAGAACCUUCCAUUGGUGAAAAAAAUAGCAGCAGAAUAUUAUGACACCUUGCCCCACUACAACUCCUGGAUAAAAGUGCUCUAUGAUUUUGUGAUGGAUGAUACUAUCAGUCCCUAUUCUAGAGUGAAGAGACAUCUGAAGGGGCAAGUGAAACUGGAUUAAUGAGCCAAAGGAGAACUCUUCAUAGUAGCUUUAAAAAUAGUUUACAAAAAUGUAUAUUACUUCCCCUUAUAUUUAUAUUUUGAAUUAUUUCACUUAAGACUAAGGAGAUUUAGAAGCUUCCCCUGCACAAAUUCUAAGUAGGAGCUCUACAAGAAAUUUCAAGAAUCGAACAUGAUCUUAACCAAUUAACAUGCUUCUCCUGUGUCUUCAUUUUCUCCUGUGUAAUCUGAAUGAAGCUAUAAUUCCACUUGCUUCUGUGCUAUUACAUGUAGUUCUUAAAAACUACUUUAGCAGUGUCAGCAUUUGGGGGGAACUAUAUUGUAAGAAAGACUUUAAAGAAGUUUUAUUUUGUUCACUGCCCAUUUCCUUCAUCUAUAUGUUCCCUUCAUUGUCUACAGAGAAUGGUCAUUAUAUUAUAAGGAGUGAGCUUAAAACACAUCUAAUAAAUAGGAUUUGUUAAUCACAA